AUGAGUACUGAAGCAGAACAGCAGCUUCUCCAUCAUGCUAGAAAUGGAAAUGCUGAAGAAGUUAAGCAGCUGUUGGAUACCACGAACAAAGGAGAAAUAAGCUUUGAUAUCAACUGUAAAGGCAGAAGUAAAUCUAAUAUGGGUUGGACACCUCUUCACCUCGCAUGCUAUUUUGGGCAUGCUGUUGUUGUAGAGGAUUUGCUGAAGGCUGGUGCAGAUGUGAAUGUGCUGAAUGACAUGGGGGAUACUCCGCUCCAUCGUGCAGCUUUCACAGGACGUAAGGAGGUGGUGAUGUUACUCUUGCAACAUAAUGCUGAUAUUUCUAUUGUUAAUGGGACUGGAGAAACUGCAAGAGAAGUUACUCAUGAUAAAGACAUAAGGAAUAUGUUGGAAGCAGUGGAAAGGACACAAGAGAGGAAAUGGGAAGAAGAACUCUUAGGAGCAGCAAGAGAGGGGGCAACAGGGAAGCUGACUGCCUUGUUGAACAAACCCAAACCACCUAAUAUCAACUGUACAGAUCAGAUGGGGAAUACACCAUUGCAUUGUGCAGCAUACCGUGCCCAUAAGCACUGUGCACUGAAACUUCUAAAAAGUGGAGCAGAUCCUAAAAUAAGAAACAAAAAUGAUCAGACGCCCCUUGAUCUAGCCCAAGGUGCAGAAAUGAAACUGAUACUGGGAGGUAAAACUCGAAAGGUUAUUAACAAACCCCUGAGACGAUACGAAGGUCUUCUUUGGAAGAACUCACGAUUUUUUGGUUGGAAACUCUACUGGAUAGUUCUAGAACAUGGAGUCCUUUCCUGGUAUCGGAGACAAGCUGAUGCAGUAAAUCAUGAUCAUCGUCAGGGAUGCAAGCAUCUAACACAAGCUGUCUGCACGGUGAAAUCUACAGACAGUUGUUUCUUUUCUGUCAGAUGUUUUGAUGACACUGUUCAUCGUUUCAAGAUUCCUAAAAAUAGCCUUCCUUCUCAAAGUAGAGAGAGCUGGUUGGAAGCAAUAGAAGACCAUUCUGCAUAUAGCACUCACUACUGCACGCAGGAACAGUUGAGUAGCGAUGAUGAGGAAGAUGAAACAGUAUCUGUCAAAGACCUACAGGAUACUCUGAAAAAAGCACAAACCUGCCAACAAAGACUCAGUAAAGAAAUUUCAGACUUCCUUGCAAUGGUUAAAUGUUUGGAUGCUACAAAAGGAAUAUCUCCUCCUUUCCUGCAAAAAGUUGAUGUGGUCUCUGAAAUAUCCCAGGAAACAUGUGAGGCUCUGGCUGCCUGCCUCAACCUAUUCACAAAGCAAGAAGGGGUGAGGAAUUUGAAACUGGAGCAUGAGCAGGAGAAAAACAAGAUCUUGUCAGAAGCAUUAGAGACACUAGCUACUGAACACCAUGAACUAGAACAGUCUCUGGUUAAGGGAUCUCCACCUCUCAGCAUCAUCAGUGAAGAGCAGUUCUAUGAUGCUGUUUCAGAUUCAGAAUCUGAAAAAUCACUAAGUGGGUUUGAAACAACAGCUGCCUACUCAUUAGAAGACAGCAUGGAUUCCAAAGAGACAAUAACUUCAAGCAUGUCUGAAGAAAAGGAUUGUGGCAGUGGGGAGUUGCUGUCUAACGGAAUAAAAAAACACAGAACAAGCUUGCCAUCUCCAAUGUUUUCCAGAAAUGACUUCAGUAUCUGGAGUAUCUUAAGAAAAUGCAUUGGAAUGGAGUUGUCGAAGAUCACCAUGCCAGUGAUAUUCAACGAGCCCCUGAGCUUCCUACAGCGACUUACAGAAUACAUGGAGCAUACAUACCUCAUCCACAAGGCCAGCUCACUGUCCAGCACAACUGAGCGAAUGCAGUGUGUUGCUGCAUUUGCUGUGUCUGCUGUAGCCUCGCAGUGGGAGCGCACAGGGAAGCCAUUCAAUCCCUUGCUUGGAGAGACAUAUGAAUUGAUCAGGGAUGAUCUUGGAUUUAGACUUCUCUCAGAGCAAGUAAGCCAUCAUCCACCCAUCAGUGCUUUCUACGCUGAAGGUUUAAAUAAUGAUUUUGUGUUUCAUGGAUCAAUUUAUCCUAAACUUAAAUUCUGGGGCAAGAGUGUGGAAGCAGAACCAAAAGGCACAAUGACUUUGGAGCUUCUUGAACACAAUGAAGCCUACACAUGGACAAAUCCUACCUGCUGUGUGCAUAACAUUAUUGUGGGCAAACUUUGGAUUGAGCAGUAUGGAAACGUGGAAAUAACUAAUCAUAAAACUGGUGAAAAAUGUGUACUAAGCUUCAAGCCCUGUGGCCUCUUUGGGAAGGAGUUGCACAAAGUUGAAGGCUACAUCCAGGACAAAAGUAAAAAGAAACUUUGUGCACUGUAUGGGAAGUGGACUGAGUGUUUGUACAGUGUUGACCCAGCUACAUUUGAAGCUUACAAAAAAAAUGACAAGAAAAAUGCAGAAGAGAAGAAAAGCGGUAAACAGGUGGGCAAUCCUGAGGAAUCGGAUGAGAUGCCGUUGCCAGAUUCUGAGAGUGUGUAUGUUAUUCCUGGAAGUAUUUUGCUAUGGAAGAUAACACCAAGACCUCCAAAUUCAGCACAGAUGUAUAAUUUCACUAGCUUUGCUAUGGCUUUGAAUGAGUUGGACAAAGAAAUGGAGAGUGUAAUUCCCAAAACUGACUGCAGGCUACGACCAGAUAUCAGAGCCAUGGAAAAUGGAGAAAUAGAUCUAGCCAGUGAAGAAAAGAAGAGGCUAGAAGAAAAACAAAGGACUGCCCGCAAAAAUCGUUCUAAGUCAGAGGAAGACUGGAAGACAAGAUGGUUCCACCAAGGGCCCAAUCCCUAUACUGGUACACAGGACUGGCUUUAUUCUGGCAACUACUGGGACAGAAACUACUUUAACUUGCCUGAUAUUUAUUAAAAUGCAAUAAGGAGCCUGUGACUGAUACAAAUAAGUCUUAAUCUGUUUUAAUGUUUUCCCUUGGUUUACUUAUCUUCUGAAAAAUCUGACAUGUUAUCAAAUGGAAUAUUAAGCAUCUUCAAAGUAAAUCUGGUGGUACAUGAUCUGCAGUCCCAUAGGUAGGGGAAUAGUGUUUCUGGCUGAUGGUGGACAAAGUCAGUCGCCACGGUUUCAGGCUGCCCUGUUUGCUGGAUACACCUAUAUUAGGUUGUGGUGUAUGAGGACUAGAACACCUUCAGCUGUUCUGUGAAUACUUUCUUUCAUAGAUAACAUUGGCACAAGUAAAACUGGUUCUAUUUAUUGUGACAUGGGAAUGUUUAAAAGCACACACAGUAAUUGCAAUAUUCUGUUC